GUGGGCGUCGAGGCGGCGGCCCGCCCGCGAGGCCUCUAGGCUCUGGCACGCCAGAUCUGGGCGACUUGCACCCUAAAGAGAAUGUAGCUGUACCCCGAAGGGCCUGGCCCCCGGUCCAACCAGUUUUAAUAAUUUUCAAGGCGCUCCUGCCCGAAACGUACCCCGCAAGGCUCUCGCUGGACGAAGCCCUGAGUCGGGAAUGGGGAGGCCUGUGUGGUUCUCUCGCCUCUGAAAGACGUGCACACCAGGCGGGGUGAGGGUAGGUGGGAAGACAAAACCCAGAACCAGUGACCCCAAACUGCGUAGCCUUGGGUGUGCCUGUUGACCUCCUGUGUAAAUUGUGGGUGGCAACUCGAAUGCUGACCUCACAGGGUUCAGUGAGCUCUCCGAGGUCAAAAUGGUAAAGGAGGGGGGUGGGGGUUGCUAAUCACCCACCUGUGUUAUCUCAUGAGCGCAGUGCUAACUGCGCUGCCAGCUUUUAAAGUCUGGCUUCGCGAAGGGCCGUUGGGAAGGGAGGUCGGUAAUUAGUUGGAAGGCAGAGCCGGCUGCUUUCUUGUUGGCACUUGGUUUGCUGUCGGCCAAGUGCAGGCUGCCGGGCACUGCGGUCGGUGAGGGUGGAGACAGCGAGGGGGACGCGGGAGUGGCGGGUCCAGGGCUUUUCCAAAGGUCCCUAAGGUCCGGCCUGCGUGUGGGUGGGAGUCAGGGAAGGGGAAAGGAAGGAAUUCACGGUCCGAUCGGGAAGGAGCAGCCGUGUGCGGCUGGCUGGCUGUUUUCUGUGCGUUCCCGAGAUUCGGCAAGUCAGACGUUGGUUUACCGAGGGCUGCGGCUGCUCGGCGGCGGGUUUUCGGAAGACCGUCUUUGAAGUGAGGGUUCUGGAGGAACCGGUGUGGAGCCGGAGGCCCCGCCCUUCCUGCGGGCUUCCGGGUCUGGAGCAGGCAGCAGGCGCCCCCUUGUGCUCAGGGAAGACGGCGGUUGCUACUGGCUCUUUCGGUGCAAAGUUUAGAAGCCUGAGGAGCUCUGUCCUGGUGCAACACCCCUGAAUUCCUGAUGGUGAGAGGAUGUGGCUCCUGGACCCAUCCAGGAAAGAGGUGCUGAAGUUUGCAGUCUGCUGCCGGGUCCUGACUCUAGUCCUGCAGGCCCUGUUCAACGCCAUCAUCCCAGAUCACCAGGCGGAAGCCUUCUCCCCUCCUCGCCUGGCCCCCUCAGGCGCCUUGGACCAGCUUGUGGAAUUCCUGCUGGGUGGCCUGUCUCAUUGGGAUGCCGAGCACUUCCUGUUCAUUGCUGAGCAUGGCUACCUGUACGAACACAACUUUGCCUUUUUCCCUGGUUUCCCUCUGGCUCUGCUGCUGGGCACGGAACUGUUGCUGAGCCCCCUACAGGCCUUACUGAGCCCACGCAGUUGCUUGCUAAUUUCAGUGGCAUUACUGAACUCCUUGUUCUCUGUGCUGGCGGCAGUGGCACUUCAUGACCUGAGCUGUCUGGUUUUGCGUAGUCCCCGCCAGGCGUUCUAUACCGCGCUGCUCUUCUGCCUCAGCCCUGCCAAUGUCUUCCUGGCAGCUGGUUACUCCGAAGCUCUGUUUGCCCUCUUGACAUUCAGUGCCAUGGGGCAGCUAGAGAGAAGCCAAAGCUGGGCCAGUGGACUCCUCUUUGCCCUUGCCACUGGGGUGCGCUCCAAUGGGCUGGUCAACAUUGGGUUUCUUGUGCAUGCCCAGUGCCAAAGCUUUUUCUCUUCUCUCAAGGUGGAGAGUCCCCUGAGGCAGCUCAUUAAACUGAUAGCCUCAGUAUUCCUGUCAGUAUUCGCACUUGGCCUUCCCUUUGUCCUCUUUCAGUAUUAUGCCUACACUCAGUUCUGUCUGCCAGGUUCAGUCCAGCCCAUCCCUAAACCCUUGUUGCAGUUCGCGAUGGAGAAGGGCUACCGUGUUGCGGACGGGAAUGCGCCUCCUUGGUGCUCCUGGAGUCUUCCCCUGAUAUACAACUAUAUCCAGGAUGUCUACUGGAAUGUUGGUUUUUUGAGAUACUAUGAACUCAGGCAGGUGCCUAAUUUUCUAUUGGCUGCACCAAUGGCUGUACUGGUUGCCUGGGCGACAUGGACAUAUGUGACCACCCACCCUUGGCUCUGCCUUACACUUGGGCUGCAAAGGAACAAGAAUGGCGAGACCCUCAAGAAGCCUGCUGCAGGAUUCCUCAGUCCUCAGGUGUUUGUAUACCUGGUUCACGCUGCAGUGCUGCUGCUGUUUGGAGUUCUGUGCAUGCAUGUUCAGGUGCUUACCAGGUUUCUGGGAUCCGCCACUCCUAUUGUGUACUGGUUCCCAGCUCACCUGCUUCAGAACCAGGAGCCGUUGCUGAGGUCCCUGGAGACUGUGCCGUGGAACCCCUUGGCGGGGAGCUCUCCACCAGGACAAACAGUCCCAAGAAUCCACAUCAAGAGGCUUUUGCACAACUGGAAAACCUGCUCUCCAGUCACACAGUGCGUUCUGGGCUACUUCCUCACCUACUGGCUCCUGGGACUGCUCCUGCAUUGCAACUUCCUGCCUUGGACAUGACUUAACCCAGGGCUCCGAAAGUACAAAGACACACUGGGUCUGCCUGUGCUGCCCUGUCCAUUUGAAACCUCUCUUGCCCUUGCUUUUGGAGACUGGUUACAUAGAGGGGAAAUGGGCACCAUGAGAGAGCCCUCUGCUUCUGGCGACGAUAAAUUUCGAGCAGUAAGUAUUUUUGCUAUAAGUGAAGAUCUUACCUCCAAGCCUGAAAUACACUGCCUCUGCCCUCCAGUCAGCCAAGCAUCGCAGAGAUAGUCAAACCUCUCUCCGAGUCACACAUAAAUUUAAAUGAUGUAAAUCUCGCCAAAAGCUCUUGCCGGUGGAAGCCAUUUGGUGUAGUGGCAAUAGUAUGGUGAAGCCAUCUCUCCUGAGUGGGACAUUUUUCUGAUGGUUUUGUAAUGAUUUGUGGAUGUAUUUAUAUGAAAACAUAAAAUACAUGCAACUUAACAUUCA